AUGUUAGAACAGUUACUGAUAUUUACUAGAGGAGGAUUAAUCCUCUGGACCUGUAAAGAGCUUGGAAAUGCUCUUAAAGGAUCGCCGAUCGACACUUUGAUCCGGUCCUGUCUUUUGGAGGAACGAUCCGGUGCAGCAUCGUAUGAUUAUACGGCUCCCGGGGCAGCUUACACGCUCAAAUGGACCUUCCAUAAUGAGCUUGGCCUCGUGUUUGUUGCUGUUUACCAGAAGAUCCUCCAUCUCUUGUAUGUGGAUGAUCUGCUUGCGAUGGUGAAGCAGAGCUUCGCGGAGAUUUAUGAUCCGAAAAGGACAGUGUAUGAUGAUUUUGACGAAACUUUCCGACAACUUAGGAAGGAGGCUGAGGCUCGUGCUGAGGAGUUGAAGAAGUCCAAGCAGGUGGGUAAGCCUGUGAGUAAUAGUAGGAAGCAAGGGCAGGUGCAGAAGGCGGGACUUGGAGGAGACAAGAAAAGUAAUGAAGGUGGUUUGGCUAGUGAUGGUGGGGAUGGCAAUGCUGUGAAAGGCCGUAAAUUGGAGAAUGGAAUCUCCAAUGGUAAUCAUGUUGUUAGCAAAGAAUCUAAUGUAGUUGGUACUGCUAACGGAAAAGAGAAUACUAGUUCCAAUCUCGGGGCUUUUGAUGUAAAUAAGCUUAAAUCUAGAUCUAAGGUUGGAAAGAAGACUGAAAAAACAGCUUCCCUUGAUAGGAAGGGCUCCAAGGCUGAGCCAAUAAAGAAGAUAACCAAGAAAAAUAGAGUUUGGGAUGAUUCUCCUCAAGAGUCGCGUGAGUCAAAAUUGGAUUUUACAGAUACUGUGGGUGAGAAUGAAGAUAACAAUAUUGAGGUUGUGGCAGCAGAUCAUGGUGAAAGUAUGAUGGAUAGGGAUGAGGAUUACAGUAGUGAAAGUGAGGCUGAAGAGGAAGAGGAAGUUGGAAAGCAAAGCAAGCCUGAUUCAAAAAAGAAGGGUUGGUUUUCAUCUAUGUUUCAGAGUAUUGCAGGCAAGGCAAACUUGGAGAGGUCGGAUCUGGAACCAGCUUUGAAAGCUCUCAAGGAUAGGCUCAUGACCAAGAAUGUGGCUGAGGAGAUAGCUGAGAAGCUUUGUGAAUCAGUGGCAGCUAGUCUUGAGGGUAAAAAGUUGGGUUCAUUUACAAGAAUAUCUUCUACAGUUCAGGGAGCGAUGGAAGAAGCUCUUGUUCGUAUUUUAACUCCUAGGCGCUCUAUUGAUAUACUGAGGGAUGUGCAUGCUGCCAAGGAGCAGGGCAAGCCUUAUGUUGUUGUUUUUGUUGGUGUCAAUGGAGUCGGGAAAUCUACUAAUUUGGCCAAGGUUGCCUAUUGGCUCCAGCAGCAUCAGGUCAGUGUUAUGAUGGCUGCAUGUGAUACAUUCCGAUCAGGGGCUGUUGAGCAGUUGCGUACUCAUGCACGUAGACUCCAGAUCCCUAUUUUUGAGAAGGGAUAUGAGAAAGAUCCUGCUGUUGUUGCAAAGGAAGCAAUCCAGGAGGCCAAACCCAAUGGUUCUGAUGUGGUUCUUGUUGAUACAGCUGGUCGAAUGCAGGAUAAUGAACCAUUAAUGAGGGCAUUGUCAAAGCUUAUCUACAUUAACAAUCCAGAUCUUGUCUUGUUUGUUGGAGAGGCACUGGUUGGGAAUGAUGCUGUCGAUCAGCUUUCAAAGUUUAAUCAGAAACUGGGUGAUCUCUCACCUUCGCCAAACCCCAGAUUGAUAGAUGGAAUAUUGCUCACCAAGUUUGAUACCAUUGAUGAUAAGGUUGGAGCUGCACUGUCCAUGGUUUACAUAUCUGGAGCCCCGGUCAUGUUUGUUGGGUGCGGGCAAUCCUAUACAGACCUCAAAAAGCUGAAUGUCAAAUCGAUUGUCAAGACUCUCCUGAAAUGAGAGAUUUGGUGCUACCUGCUUACGUACAUUAUUCCUGAUGUGCCUUUUGUGUUGAUUCUCUUGAAUAUCACUGUUAUGAAACUGUGUUUGCUGCUCUUCCUUUAAUCUGUAUUGUCUCAGUGACCCAUGUUCUUACAAAACUUGGUGAAUCAGUCAUAUAGAGUUUUCCAAAGAUUCGUUGUAGCUUAAUCUCAUAAGAUAUAGUUUCUUAUCACUA